AUGGGAAAGAAAGUAGCCAAGGCUGAGAAAUCUACCAAGGCGAAAUCUGCCACUAAGGUUGUAAAAAUGACUAAAGUGAAGAAAACUACUGAAGCGUCUUCUUCAGGCUCAGUGAAGACAACUAAUGACUCUAAGUCCUCAGCAUCAGGUGUUGUUAUUCUUACCACUGAAGCCUCUUCUUCAAGCUCAGUGAAGACACGUACUGACUCUAUUCCUUCAGCGUCAGAGGUUGUUCCUAAUUCCACUGAUGCCUCUUCUUCAGGUUCAGUGAGCCCUUCUACUGACACUGAGUCUUCAUUAUCAGUAGAUGUUUUCUCUGACACUGAAGAUGAUGAUGAAGAUGGUGGCGAUGAAGACAACGAUGGUUCUCCUACCCUUCCUGAUGCUGGAAAUGAUCUCAAUGGUGAUGAUAAUGAAGACGACAAUGAUGACGACUUCACUAUUCAGUACCAGAAACCCGCCAGUGCCGUGAAAGGAGUCUCCCACAAGGAUUCUGCAUCCUAG